AUGCAGGUGCAUCUAUUUACUGAACAAGAGGCUGCGUAUUAUUUUGAAAUCCGGAUGCUGGAACUCCUGGCGCGGCGUCGAACCCUACGCCUCACGCGAUUGGCUGAGAGAGGAUCACGUCGUGUGUUACGUCACACGUGGACGGGCAGAAAGGCGAGGCGAGCAGUCGCGGUGUCCGUAGCCGAAGUUGGAAGCAUGGCCCUGGGGGACUGCUGGAAGCAGCUGUCCUGGUUCUACUACCAGUACCUGCUGGUGACGGCGCUCUACAUGCUGGAGCCCUGGGAGAGGACGCUCUUCAACUCCCUGCUGAUCUCCGUGGCCGGCAUGGCUGUCUACACCGGCUACGUCUUCAUGCCGCAGCACAUCAUGGCCAUCCUGCACUACUUCGAGGUCGUCCAGUGACACCGACCUACUGGUCCCUCUACCCCCCCCAAAUAUGAUUCAUCAGGCCUGAUACACACUGGGCUUGAACCCCCCCCAACAAGGACAAGGGUCCCGCCUCGCUCAGGAAAGAGGUGAAGCGCCCGAGGUGUGACGACGCUGACGCAGCACAGCGGGGAGUAAAGAGUUGGAAUUGGACAUGUGGACGAGCCUCUGUCCUGCAGGGGGGGGGGGGGGGUCUGUGUCUUUACUGUACGUCUGUGGCUUCCUGUUCUCUGUAAACAUCCCCCCCCCCCCCCUGCCUUAGUUUAUGGAGAAAGUGACGUACCACCCCAGGGAGUACAAAAAAGUUUAAUUUCUGCUUUUAUUUAAGGCGCCUCGCACUGUGGGCUGAUGGUUUCCUCUUUGUACAUAAAUGAAUCCUAUUUUAAUCAUA